AAAUCCAAAGACAUUUUUUUUUUCUUUUAGUUUGAGCUUUUUGCACCCGCCAUAAUUUGUUCCUCUAGCACAUUUCGAAAAUAGAAAAGAAGAUCAACGGUACUUCACAAUAUCACACGCGCGCGUCGAACGCAAACUCAGCUCUUUUCCGCUUCCUUUGAGUUCCCGCCACAAACGCGCGAGUUCCUAAACCCCCAAUUUUUCAUCAGCAAGCCCUAAAAUCAUCCCCCGCAUUCCUAAUACGGACCUGGAAUUCCUCGACCUUAUCGUCAUUUUCCCUGUUGCAGAUAGCUCUUCAAUCUUCAGGCGAGUUCCACUUUCAAAUUUGUUUCUUUUUUAUUUUUGGGUAGGAUUGGAGAAAUGGGAGUUUCUAGUUUCAUGUGCUGAUGUUAAACUUGUUACUUCUAAACUUAGUGUUUUUGCUUAAUAGUGAUUAGUUUUCUCAGACACUGAAAAUUCAAGCCUCGUUUUGAAUUUAUGUUAGUUACUAUCUAAUGUAGCUGGAGAGGCUUGACCCAUUUGCACUGUCCAGGAAUGUGGACACUUGUGGGCGAUUGGCACUCAAGUUCCUAAAAUUUAUCUGAGGGAUAAUUAGAAGAGCUCGCCUAUCCAAAUAUCAUGUUAUUGGAGUAGAGAUCUCAGAUUCUUUCAUGAACGUAAUGAAAGUUAAGAGUGAACCUGAAGAUUUUGACUGCAACAGUGAUGAUUUUGGCUUAGACAAUGUGGUGUUGAAAUGGAUUUCGGAUAGAUGCGAAACAAAGAAAAGGAAAGGCUUCAACUUUGUUGGUUUAAAUAAAGAAAAGCUGGAAACCUGCUCUUCCGUGAAACUCGAGUCUCCAAACUUUCAGCACAAUGGCGACAUACACGAUGAACUUGAAGAUCCUCUUAUCGGUUGGAAAUCUGAACUUUUCAAGAAUAUCAAGAGUAGCGAUGAAGAUUUGCUUGAACUAAAUCGGGAUUGGCCUGCGCCUAUUGAUGUUAAAGUUGAGGUUCCUGAAAGUGAAACUGCUAAUGUAAAUAUUUUGAAGACUGACGUGCCUUGUCCUACAACGGAACCCCAAUACUGUUCUCUUAAUGAAGUGUCCUAUGAAUACACCGAAGAUUCUGAGACCAGGCUUGACGUGGGGCUUCCUGGUUGUGAAACAAAGGAGCCUCAGUAUUGUUCUCUUAAUGAAGUGUCCUAUGAAUACAUGGAAGAUUCUGAGACCAGGCUUGACGUGAGGCUUUCUGGCUGUGAAACAAAGGAACCUCAGUAUUGUUCUCUUAAUGAAGUGUCCUAUGAAUAUAGGGAAAAUUUUGAGCCCAAGUUUGAUGUAGAGGUUUCUAGUUGGGAGAUUGCUCAGGUACACGGUCCAGAAAGUAAAGCGUAUUUUGGCUUGUCUGGAUAUAGGAAAGAAGAUUAUACCAUCCAUCCCCUUUCCUAUGAUGUCUCCUCGGAACCAAUGUCUCCGAUAAAGGAUUAUAGCUAUGAUGUUUGUGAUAGCUGCCAAAAUGAGUCUCCCAAGCCACAGAUGCCAUGGCAGACAAGCAGGUACAGUUUAAUUCAAAUUCUUGAGACAAAUAUUGCUUCUGAUACGGAAACGGGGGUCUCACUGUACCCCAUAAAAUGCAGUGUUUCAAAUGGGGUGUCUUAUGAAUCUACUGAAGAUGUUGCUCCUAAAUCUGGCGCCAGUUUUUCUAGUUGUGAGACUGUAAAGGUAGACAGUCUGGAAAUAAUCAGCUAUCUAUGUUCAGACCUGCAAGAAUUUGGGAAAGACAGUUAUACUGUAGAUCCGCUAACCUAUGCUGUUACCUCUGAAUUAGUAUCUCCUACCAAGGAUCAUUGUACUGAUUUGCAUGAUAGCUUUAAUUCUUCAGAGCACAAGAUGUCUUCACAGACCGGCAAUCGUGGCCAAGCUGAAAUGCCUGAGAUGGACACUGAUAAUUGCUUCCAAUGCUUGGAAACUAACAAUGAAUAUAGUGCGUGCUCCUUUGAGAGGAGAAGUACACAUUACUGGUCUUCUAAUAUUAGAAACAUUGUGGUCAGUCCUUCCACUGACAAUGGCUUGUAUUGGAGUUCAUCAAGCUUGAAACAUGAGAAACAUUCAGGCCUUGUUUCUGCUGAUUCUUCUUCAUCAAAAAAGCAACCCCUGUCACCAGCGCUUAUAGCUCGUAAUUACUUUGAUGCUUCUGGUAAGCCUUUAGCAUCACCAGCACCUCAGGAUUAUCAUCAAAUGAAGCAUCGGCAUAGUGCUGAAAGGCUUCUCUCAGGCAGAAAGGCCAUUUCUCCAGCUUCUCGAGAGAGACUUUGUCGGGCUAUGAGGUUAAGUGGGUUGGAUGAAAACGAGUGUCAUCAAUAUAGAGGAAAGCAGAGCCAUCAUAGGACUUCAAGAGCUCAAGGGCUUGACCAUAUCUGGAAGGAUGGAGUAGCUAUCAAGCCAACAUCAACCAUGAGAAAAGCAAAACAAGAUAAGAAAGAGUCGCCAAUAAAGGGCAGUCUAAAGGGUACUUAUCCCCCUCAAUGUCGUUCACAAAGCGUGAUAGCAUUUACACAGCAACAAAUGCAGGAUUUCCAAUCUUUAGCUAUGAAACUCACGACAGAGUUGAAGUCAAUGAAAAACCUUGUUAAGGGAAAGUUUCAGUCGGAGUCUGAGGCCUCUAUAGCUACAUCUGCAAAUGAAAAUGCUGAUGAAGUCAGGGUAGCCAUUGAAAACGCAACAAGAGCUGAAGAAUAUGCAAGAAGAUGGCUUGCUAUUUUGACAAGAGAUUGCAACCGCUUUUGUAAAAUCAUGAGUUUGACGGAGGAUAACCCUGCUGCAUCUGAACGUGUAAUCAAAAAAGAAAGGAAGGUUUCUUUUGCUGAUGAAGCUGGUGGCAUGCCAAAGUAUUUUAAGAAUGACAGGCACAGCCCUUCGAAUUAGCUAACAUUUUUUGAGAGGUUUAAAAACGUAGAUUACCGGUUGAGUAGGCUCAAUCAUCUUUUGCUUGUAUAUUUACAUCUUCAAAUUAAAUUACCAUGGCCAGGUAAAUUACUCACAGAACUUCCACUUUUCCACAAUCAAAAUUCCCAGAAGGGGGCCAUUGAUUGAAUUAUAGAUGAAGUGGUAAAAGAAUUUUCUUCAAA